CUCAGCCCGCCCGGGGAGGGGGCGGGGGGUGAGAGAGAGAGAAAGAUCGCCCGGCGCCUGCGGCGGUUUGACUUCAGGGAGGAGGGAAGGAAAGGGCGGCCCACGCACGACGUCGUUAUCACCGCCACCUCUACAAGGAGCAGUCUACAUGAAAAUCCAGGCUAGAUCAUAAUGGCUUUACUGCCGUACGAUGGUGCCAUGAUACCGGAACUCCGGAAAUUCCACGAAGCCUCUGCAACUUUCCAGUUUGCCAACCAGAACAUAGUGAUUAGGCAGAAUUGGAAGCAGCUUGGAGUAGCAGCAGUGGUGUGGGAUGCAGCCAUUAUACUUUGCACGUAUCUAGAACUGGGAGUAGUCCAGCUACAAGACCGCACUGUGAUAGAACUGGGAGCAGGAACUGGAUUGGUUGGAAUAGUUGCAGCGCUUCUAGGUGCCGAUGUUACAGUCACUGAUAGGGAAGUGGCGCUCCAAUUCCUGGAGUCCAAUGUCCGAGAAAACAUCCCCCAUGACCUGCGGAGCAGGGUGCGGAUCAGGGAACUGACCUGGGGGGUAAACCUCUGCCAGUUCGAGCCCGCCAGCUAUGACUUUAUCCUGGGAGCCGAUGUGGUUUAUCUGGAGGAGACGUUCCCAGCCUUGCUGGAGACUCUGGAAUAUCUCAGCUCUGAGCGGACCACGAUCCUGCUGUCCUGCCGCAUCCGGUACAAGCGGGACCACAACUUCCUGAAGAUGCUCGGACGUCACUUUACAGUGGAGAGGGUCCAUUACGACAGUGAGAAAGAUGUUCACAUUUAUAAGGCACAGAAAACAAAGUUGAAGGAAGAACUCUAGGGAAGUGAAAGUCAUUACAAAUAGUGUAGGACUAUUAUUUAGGUCUACAAAGGAACAGAAAGAAGCCAUUUAGCCAUUCAAGCUUGUUCUGCUAUUCAUUGAGUUAAGAUCUACAUUUCAACAUUUCACUUUUUACCCCUUAAUGCCUUUAACCAGUAUAAACCAGAGAAAAACAGAAAAUGCUGGAGAUGGUCAGCAGGUCAGGCAGCAUCUGUGCACAGAGCACACUUCAGGGCUUUCAUCAGUUUUGAUGAAAGAUCAUCGACCUGAAACAUUAACUUUUGUUUCUUUCUCUCUCCACAGCUGCUGCCUGACCUGCUGAGUAUCUCCAGCAUUUUCUAUUUUUAUUGAAGAUCUCUAGACUUUGGCAGGUUUGUUUUUUUUUUGCUUCUAGAAAUAUCUAACCAUCCCAGUGAUUAAAUUUUCAGUUGGUGCCGAGCUCAAUAGCACUGUGGAGGAGAUUGUCCCUGAUUUUCACUAUCUGUUGUUUGAAGUACGUCCUGACCUCAUUCCUCAGUGGCCUUGCCCUUGUCAUGAACUUCCCACCCUAUCACGGAAAAUAACUGAACUCCAGCCACACCAUCAAAUCCUUUAAUCACCUUAAAAGCCUUAAUUAGAUUAUCUAUUAACCCACUGUACUUAAGGGUUUACAAGCCUAGUCUGUGCAAUGUCUUUGCAAUUUAACCCUCUUAGUUCCAGAGAACCUGCACUCCAUUCUCACAGGAUUGAAGAACUCUGAGCAGCUGGAAAUGACUUCCACUAUAAGUUUGGUUUGGGGUGGGGGGAGGCAGCAUGGCACAGCUUGUGGAGCCGCUGCCUCACAGCACCGGAGACCUGGGUUCAACCCUGACCUUGCCCGCUGUCUGCGUGGAGUUUGCACGUUCACCCCUGUGACUGCGAGGGUUUCCUCCCACAUCCCCAAAACCUGCUGGUUUGAGAGUUAAUUGGUCACUAUAGGAUGCCCCUAGUGGGUCAGUGAGUGGGAGAACCUGGGGGUGGGGAGUUGAUGGAGAUGUAAGGACAAUAAAAAAUGGGAUUAUUCUUAAUUGUGGUUGAUGGUUGGCAUGGACUUGGUGGGCUGAAGGGCCUGUUUCCAUACUCUCUCUCUCAAUGACUCUACGUAGAGUAUUUCAGCCACUUCAAUGGAAAGGCAACAUUCCACUGGCCUUCUUAAUCUUUUUGUUUGUUAUUUCUGUAUUUGGACCUCUAAACUUCUUCAUCCCCACCUGCCCCACAUUUCCACCCUCUUGCUAUUUAGUAAGUGCUCUGAUCCUUCUUUCUUAGAUUCAGGAUGGGUAUUGUCACCUCUCUAGAAUCUGGUCUCAACUGUUGUGUUUGUGUCAAAGGAACUCACUGUGAGAAAUCUAAUAAAGAAUCUACUUUAUAAAAAUAUAAUAUGCUUAUCAUAAUUCUGUAACAGCUUAAUAAUACCCUAAUCUAUGAGUGAAAAGGACUUGAGCACAAACUCUGGCACCAUACUAAGGGAGUGCUGCACUGUCAGAUGCUAUCAUUGGGAUGAGAAAUUCAGCUGAGGCACUAUCCACACGUACGUGGGCUUGAAAGAUCCAAUAGCACUAUUUUAAUAAAAAAUGGUGUACUGGUGAACAUUUAUUCUUUAACCUAUGUCACUGAAAUAGAUUACCUAGUUAUUUACCACACUGAUAUCUUUUGGACUUUACUCUGUGCAAACUGCCUGCUGUAUUUCCGAUAUUGCAACAAAAUGAAUGCAGUCAAAUCAUUAAUAUAUUCAAGGAGGUAGGAAUUGGUUACUGAAGUCUGUGUAUUGUCCAGAUGAUGCUGCAUAUUGCCAAAGGUUUCAAAGGAUAUGGGGAGAAGACAGGAAUUGGGUACUGAAGUGGAUGAUCAGCUAUGGUCGUGAUGAAUGGUAGAGCAAGUUCAAAGGGCUGAAUGGCCUGCUCCUUUUAUUUUUUAUAUAUCUAUUUUUUUUAUUAAAAGAAAGACUUCAUUGGCUGUAGAGCAUUUGGGAUUCUGACUGGUGGCAUCAACACAGCAAAGUGAUAGGUCUUCAAAACAUCAUUGGAGGAAGGGCAGGAGGAGGAAAGGUGAAGUCAGCACAUGGGAUCUGAUCAUCGUCUUUCAUGGACCAUCACAAAGUACAUUCACAUCAGAUCCAGUUGAUGUCAAGCCAGAGGAUAUUGUAGCAUUUGUGAUACAUGCAUCGCAUCAGUUCAGAAGACCUAAUCAAAGCAUUGGACUUACAAUUACACUUAAGUGCAAGUAACAGAAACUUCCAAACAGGGAAAGCAUGAUUGCAUACGGAAACAGAACUUAUCAAAAAAAAAGGAGGAAGCUGUAUGGAUUAAGUAAAACUGUACUCUUAGUAUGGUGUGCUCACAUGGUUCUCAUACAGCUCGUUUGAUGGGAAUAGUAUCUACCACCUUUGCAUACAAUAGAACUCUGAUAAUUCUGCACCCUUGGGACUUUGACAGUACGGACCAAUGGAUUUUCUGGACUGUUGGAUGUUACUCCUUUAUUAAUACCCAAACACAUGUUACACAGUCAAAGAAUAAAUGUUCCAAUGAUCCUGGUGAGUUUAAAGGGGAAUAAAAAAUAUACAAGCAUUCUGGACCCUGACUCUGGCUGCAAACCCACCUACAUUCCUGCCCCUGGUGUUCCAGGCCCCACCCAGGACCCCAGUCGCACGAGCCGCUUGUACUCUGGAUCCCCGGCUUACAGACUAAUGAGUGAGCCAGAUGGCGAACCAUCAGGAUUUCCAAACAAUCUUAUGGCAGACUAUUGGAGUUAUACUGUACAGUAUAACAACCUCAAGUCAGACCUCUUGCACUGAGGUUUCUUGAAGCAGAUGCAUCUGACUACAGAGCUAGGAGUCUUAAUAAAACAUGCCUGCAUUCCAAGUCAUAUUUAUCCAAAAGCAAAAUACUGCAGACACUGGAAAUCUGAAAUAAAAAUGGAAAAUGCUAGAAAUACUCAGCACAUCAAGAGGCGUCUGGAGAAACGAGAGUUCAUAUUUCAGGUUGGUGGAAGGUUAUCUACUUGAAACAUUAACUCUGUUUCUCCCUCCAUAGAUGCUGCCUAACUUGUUGAAUGUUUCCAGAAACCAAAGGCAACAAAGCAUCAAGGGAUCUAUGCAGUCAGCACACUACAUCUUUGUCGAAUCUCUGAUAGCAUUUCUGGGAAGUGACUCACAACAUUAUGUAAACGUCUUGUAUUUUUGAAAGAAUUAAUUAAUGGGGUAAGGGUAAUUAAUGGGGUCAGGAUUUGGCAAUGGUAAUGCAAAGGGGAUGUGGUUAGACUCUUGUCUGUGUCUAGAUGAUGCUGCAUGUAGCCAUUGACUACUGAAUUAUCUGAAGAGCUGCAAAUGGAAUCAAACACUGAGAAGUUGUCAGUGAACAUCCACAUUUCUAACCUUAGGAUGGAGCAAUGUCAUUGAUGAAGCAAUUGAAUAUGGCUGGGCUUAGGACCCUCCCAAAGUAACUACGACAGCGAUGUCCUCAGGCUUAGGUGACUGCAGCAAAAUACUGGGCAGAAGCAUGAAAGAUAGCUGCUUGUGUGAGGUAGUAGGUCCUUGGCACAGGUGAAACUGUACCCCAGAAAAACUCAGCGACUUCAGAAGAGAGAAAAUUUAGAACAAAAAGAGCAAUUUGUAUUUAAGACAUCACCUGAGUGGAUAGGGAGGAGUUGAUAAUAAAGGAAUUGGCAUGUUGA